CUGAGCUACAGGGGAAGGGAGUGGAGAUGAUCAGGGGUUACUGCUUGCAGCCUGCUGUAGAACUUUAAUUCCAUCACAUGGGACUUGGUGUACGAGAUAUGUUUCCCACCUCUUCCCGUGGCUAUUGUUUGUGUUGUUAAACCAUAAGUGCAGAAAGAUGGUUUGGAUGGAGUGUUGCAAACUUCCCAACUGAGAGUAAACUUGGAUCUUGAAAGUGCAGCUGCAGUGGUUGAAGAGAGAAAUGAAAUUCCUCACACUGGUGUCACCAAUACACCUCUGAUUCAUCUGAAAUCAACGACCCCACACCGGCUGGCCACCAUGAAUGCCUCAGCCAACAACACCCCACUCUGCUACUCCAUCAACAGCCCUCCAUUCAAGUACCUCCCCACCAUCGCCUCUGCCUACUUCUCCUCCAUCUUCACCGCUCUGGGUCUCACCUCCAAUUUGAUCGCCUUUGUAGCUCUCCUCAAGUCCUUCCGGCGGGCACAUAGCCGCUCACGCUCCUUCUUCCUGGUCUUCCUGGGUGGCCUGGUGGUCACUGAUUUCAUGGGUCUCCUGGUCACAGGCUCCAUUGUAAUCUCUUUCCAUGUUACACACUUUAAUUGGAGGCACUUAGAUCCAAACUGCCACUUCUGCAACUUCAUGGGUAUGUCAAUGGUUUUCUACGGACUAUGCCCACUGCUGCUUGGUGCCACCAUGGCGGUGGAGCGCUUUAUUGGCAUCAACUGCCCAUUUGCACGCUCCACCAGCAUGCCCAAGUGCCGGACAGUCACCAUGGUGCUCAUGGUGUGGUUGAUCGCUGGUUGUAUAGCUUUGCUGCCCUUAACAGGUGUUGGGAGCUACCACAUGCAGAUGCCUGGCUCCUGGUGUUUUUUCAACAUCAGCUCUGAGGGAUAUAACAUGGUUUUCUCCCUCCUCUUCUCUUUGGUCGGGUUGACGUGCAUCGCUGUGUCAUUUUUGCUGAACACGGUGAGUGUCGUGACCCUGAUCAAGGUGUGCUGCGGAAAGGGUGGGACCCAGCGUCGCCGAGACCACGAGGUAGAGAUGAUGGUUCAGCUUAUCCUCAUCAUGGUCAUCGCUUCAAUCUGCUGGUGCCCCCUCCUGGUCUUUAUUGCGCAAACGGUGCUGUCCGGAGGUCCCCUCCAGAUCAGAUACCUGCUGCUAUGGAUACGCUUCGCCACCUGGAACCAGAUCCUCGAUCCCUGGGUAUACAUCCUGUUUCGAAGGGCAGUUCUCAAGAGAAUCUACCCCCGCUUCGACUGGUCUCGGAGCUCCAUCAUGACCAUGUACCCGUCUUUAGGUGAAACCAUCCGAAGGUUCACACGCUCUUCAAUCGGGAGCGCCCUGAGCCAAGAAGAAACAGGAGAGACAGAGAAAUCAAACGUAACAACUCAAUCUACACUGAAGCCACCACCUCUUUCUCCGUGAUUGCUUGGAUUUGAUAUGUUGCAUCAGACUGAGUGUUGCAGUAUGUGUUUGACUGUUUCCAAGCUCUGAUGAGUUUCGUGUUAACUGUGACCAGGAUAAGAAGCAGGAUUGCACUGGUAAUCUGGAAGGAUUGAAUCUUGCUAUUUUAUUGCAUACCACUGAAAUGUUUAACAGUAUUAACAAUGACACAAUUUAGGCACGUGAAAAAGAGAGCAGGGUCUGGUUGGACACUUAUGGAUCACACCUGCAACCACUCUACAGUGCACUGCAGUCAGCUAAAACAGAUUUCAAGCUAUCUACAUACACUGCUCUGUCUACAUGUACUGCUCCAUCAAGUGCUUUCAUGAUAUUUGAGUUUUAACAGCUUUUCACAAUGGAUAAGCACACUUAUGGUCAUUCAGGUGAUAGUUUUGAUAUGACACUUCAUUCUGGCAGGACAUUAUGCUUUUAAGCUCAUUUACACUUUGCUCAGGUGCUCACGAGUGUCAUAUUAGACCCACAAAGAAUUAUAUAACUGUUUUUUAAGGCUCAUGUUCUUUGUUCUUUUGUUGUUCCCUUUCUGAAAGUACCUUUGAAAUUAUUUAAAGAUCUUACCUGUUGAAGAUACAGUAACUGUGCAACAGUAGCAUCUAACACUCAUCCUAUUGUCCAAAUUGUAGAGAUGCUUAAAGGUGAAGAUGCUUUGACUAAAAUAGAAUAUAGCUUAGAUUGCCUGAGACUUCCUUUAUAAUCUCCACUCCAAGAGUUUAUAGUACCUGACAAUGCAUGGAGUUUGUCACUGUUUUGAUGAUGCAUGCUACCUAAACCAAACUUUCAAGACCUUGAAAUGAUCAGUCAUUAACUUUUUCAGAAUCCCUGGAAUGGACCCUCGGGUUCAGUCCUCAUGCAUGUCAUUAAUAGGCACAUGUUUGGCUGAGGAAUAAAACAAAAAGGAAAAGGAAGUGGAUGCCAAUGAGAAUGUCACUGUUGUAGCAAAUUAAAUUGUGACUACUUACGCAGACCCAGAAAAUACAACAUUUAUGUGUCAGUGGUAGAACAGUCUUUUCCACUACCAACUUAAGAAAAAUGUAGCAGUAUUAAUUUGAGAUGUAUUACACAGCAUGAAAGGUCAUAUUUGCAUAAGUAGCUUGAGUGCCCUGAUAAAUAAAAAAAAACAGUGCCUGACAUUAGCUAUUUAGUGUUACUGAUAUAAAGAUCUGAGAACAUGUAACUGUAAUUGUAAAAUGAAGAUUUAAGAUUAGCAUCCUUGACAGUGUUAUGUAUAUAUAAUAGAUAAGUAAUUAUACCACUUUACUGGUUCCUCACUGUGUCACUGGUGUGGUUAUUAAUGUCCGACUCUCCCAUCUCAAACCAUCAGAUCAACCAUAUCCAAAAACAUCCGUUUUCUCACAUACCACUAUUGUUGCUUGCAAAGUGAUUUUGCAAAUAGCACAUGUUCCUGGAUCAACAUCCCAUGUUGCGUCCCUGGACCGACAUUGUGACCAACCAAUAUUAUCCUUAAUCUUUGUUAGUUAACAAUAAUUCAAGCCUAUUGGCAAGCUUAUUCGUUAGCAUAGCCUACCUACUUAGCAAGCUAAUUGCUAAAAUAGUAGCCUAUUGGCAAGUUUACUUGUUAGCAUAGCCUGCCUCAUUAGCAAGCUAACUGCUAAAAUUGUAGCCUAUUGGCAAGUUUACUUGUUAGCAUAGCCUGCCUCGUUAGCAAGCUAAUUGCUUAAAAUGUAGCCUAUUGGCAAGUUUACUCGUUAGCAUAGCCUGCCUCGUUAGCAAGCUAACUGCUUAAAUUGUAGCCUAUUGGCAAGUUUACUCGUUAGCAUAGCCUGCCUCGUUAGCAAGCUUACUUGCUGAUCCUGCAGUGGCUUGUAAGGAUUUUGUUCAGUGUUACUGAGCCUUUUGUUCAAUUGUACUAACUUCAAUUUUGAAAACUUAGCUCAGAAGAAAGGAAUUUUGAAAACAAAAAGAUAAAGCACAGGUGCAGCAAUGUUGAUCCAGGAGCAUGUCCUACUUGGCAAAAUCACUUUGUGCAUCAGUAUUUAGCCAUGAAGGUAGCUGUAUGUUGUAACUGCCAAGAUUUUGAGAUAUUAACCUCUGACAUUUCUGCAUUGAAGGUGAAAGGAAGUUAAUUUGUGCUGCUCAGACUGAUGGAAAAUUACAUUUAAAACUUUCAACAACAUUUCUAUAAGUGAGGAAAAGGUGCAGAAGGUUAUUGUAAGUAAGGUUAAAAUUGGGGGAAACUGGGUGAACUGACCACUUAAAAUCAGGUUUACUCAGUUGUCUUACUUGACUUUUGACUUCAAGGUGUGUAGCCUCCUAUAACAGUGUAAGGAUUCUUUGGGGGAUGAUUUAGUUGUUGGAUAAUUCAGCUCAGCCUGAUCAUUUUAGCAGUGUAAUGACAAACAUUGUGAUGUAGCUAUUGUAAUAUACAUUUGCAUUAUGAUAUUAUAAUGAGAUUAUAAUUUAUUGUAAAAAAAAAAACAAAACAAAAAAAACUGAAACAGUCAUCUUUUGCUCUUCUUGAUCACUCAGUCACCCAACUAUUCAUAUUUAUCUGUUUUCAACAUUGUAAUAUCAGUCAUACCGGUCAAAAUGUCACUCAGUUAAGCAAAUCACUGGCACGGUCAUUGAUAAUAGGUAAGAUGUGUUUUUCUCUAACUCCUGAGCAGCAGCAUCCUGUAAAAUGAAGUGUAAAUGUUGAAUGUGCUUUACAGAAAUGGCAUGUGAUUGUACAUAUAAAUAAA